UUUGAAGCCAAACAACAACGCCAUGUUUUACGGUUCUUCCUCCGGGGCCAGUAUGUCCCUUCCAUCCAAGAGCCGGAUAAAACGACAGAGUAGGACCUUCACACAGGUGUUGUACCGUACUCUGAGUUACAGAGAUCGUGUCCCAGCAGAGACUGGAACAAACACCCGCGGGGAUCGACGCUUGAUGACUGAACCCCCAGAGCGACCAGAGGACGACCCAGCCGAGCUCUCCACGCAGAGCUCGGCCCCCGGGGUGCUGAAGAUCUUCGGCGAUGAAAUCUGUGCCGGUGCCAACUACAAGAGCGUCCUGGCCACGCCACGCUCCAGCGCUCAGGAACUCGUAAAAGAGGCUCUCGAGCGUUACUCUCUCAACAAGGAUGCAGCUCGCUCUUACGUCCUGUGCGACGUGAUUGGACGUUUGGAGGGAGAAGGAGGGUGGCGGACUGAGUGCUUGCGAGCACUGGGGGACAACGAGAAGCCGUUGUUGCUCCAGGAGCUGUGGAAACCCCGAGAAGGACACGCUCGCAGGUUUGAGCUGCGCAGGAGGGCUGAGGUCGAGGAGCUGAACGCCAAGGAGAAGGAUACCAUCACUGCUGGUGGGUAAACGCAUGAGAAGACAAAGGAGCUGGCUCAGAAGCAGGCUCAGCAUCAGGACCCAGCCUCCCUGUCUCUGCUGAGCAUCUCAGACUUGAUUCCAGAUUUGCAGACUAUCUUUUUCUGGAUGUCCAACUCCGUAGAGAUCCUCUACUUCAUCCAGCAAAGAGCUCCAGCCUACACACACAGCAUUGAGACGCUGCAAGGGUCAAAGGAGUCGUUGCUAUCGGCGACCAUUACAGCCAAUGAGGAGGCUAUGACUAUCUUGGAAGAAGUGAUCAUGUACACUUUUCAGCAAUGUGUCUACUAUAUCACUAAGGCUCUUUAUGUGGUGUUGCCAGGUUUGUUGGACUGCAAUCCAUUUCCAGUCGACAGCUCUGAGCCCUGCUGGAAAGGAGGUGUCGGGUUUCCUGAACCCGUGCGCAGGGUCCUGCAGGUGUUUCAGAGUGCGCAGGAGCUUUUGCAGGGCUACUUGGUCCAUCCAGAGAUCCAGGCUCAGAUGUUUGCUUACCUCUUUUUCUUCUCCAAUGUGUCACUAUUGAAUCAGUUAAUGGACAAAGGUCCCCCUCGGGGUUGGUUUCAGCGUUCCACAGCUCUACAGAUUCAGGCGUGUUUGAGAAUGGUCAUGGAAUGGGCAGCCAAGUCUGGUCUGGGACAUCUGGCUGACAAAUUCUUUACAAAACUCAACAGUACUGUGUCCAUAGUGGCCACGCCCCCGCAGCAGCUCACACAGCUGAGUUGGCGUGUGUUGUCCAGUGAGCACCCAAGUCUGAAACCAGUCCAGCUCCACAGGAUUCUCACUCAGUACCAGCUCACAGCAGAGAUAGGCCCUGUCCCUAUGUGGCAGCCCAGCAGCGAGGAUGAGGCGUAUGUUUACAGAACAGUCGACCUCCUGGAGAGCUUUGAGAACCAUCCACCCAUCGUGCUGCCCAGCUCUGGCUUCAGAGUGGACCUGGACAGCGAGUGCGUCGAGGACAGCAUCUACAGACAGCUGCUCUACGUUCGCCACUAUCUGUGGGGUCUACGCACCAAGACGCAAACACACACCAGCGCUCCCAGUGUGCGCACGCAGUCCAAUGGAACCAACACGGCUGACUGGCCGGAUGUUCAGAGGGAGUUGUUACCUCCAGCCCACAGCAGCCCCCGCACUGGGAGCGUCGGGGACGAAGGCACAUCAGAGGAGAGAGGACGGGACAGAUCCUUAGGCCAAUCACAAACACACAGCCUCAGAAGGAAUGGGACUGUUUACCAUCCACGAGCAGCAAAUCCAGAUCCAUCCUGCCUUCUGACCCCACCUAACACCCCCCUGUAUCCUGAGGGUGGAGGAGGGCCUGGGCAGGUCAUUGGCAGCAGUGUUCAAAUUAACGGUUGCUCCGGUAGAUCUGUGGCAGAGAGCAAAAAGACCAACGGACUCAUCAUCAAUGGACUUGAAGGGUGUAUUAGUGGGUGUGAGUUUCCUUUCCCUGUCUCCUCCCAUGGCGCUCCUUCUCUUGCUGAUGACUUGUGUGUGGUGUUUGUAGUGGAACUGGACAAGGGACCCUACGGACUUGGCAUGGGACUCAUAGAUGGCCUGCACACUCCUCUGAAUGCUCCUGGCAUUUACAUCCGGACUCUGAUCCCUGAUGGACCAGCUGCGUCUGACGGCAGACUGAGGAUUGGAGACCGCAUCUUGGCGGUGAAUGGGACCAGCCUGAUCGGAGCAGACUACCAGAGCGCGGUGGACCUGAUCCGUCUGGGAGGUGGUCGACUACGAUUCUUGGUAGCAAAGUCAGACCCGGAGGUCUCGGAGAAGAUCAGUGCCUCCUCCUGCUGACCACCUCAACUGCCAAACCACACCCCAGAACUGUAAAGAGGAUGAUGUGGCCUACAGAUUUUCACGGAUUAAAACGUUGGGCCCCUGCAGAUGUGUCAACGCUACAUGAAAUAUGAAUGUGAACUUUGGCUCAGCACAAAGAUGAGCUCUGA